AUGUAACAAAGGUUAAUUGUAAAAUAUCGUUUAUCAUAAUAUAUGUUAAUAUUUUAAUUUGCUUUGGUGUGUGUAAAGAUAUAAAAGAAGAAAGAAAGAAAAAAAUCUUAAACACACAUACAAUAUAUCAUAUAUAUUUAUAUACAUAUCAAACACAGUCAGGUGAAAUUAAAAAAGCAAAAAACAAAUAGAAAAAAAUAUAAACAAAAAAGAAAGAGACAUAAAUAUAUUAAUUUCAAUCAAUAAUACAGCUCUAAAAAAAAUUAAUCAAUAAAGUAAAAAAAUAAUAGACUCUCAAAUCAAAAAAAGAAAGUGAUACUUUUGAUAUUAACCAUUAAAGAAAUAAAAAAACAAGAUAAAUAAUUAAUAAAAUAAUAAUUAGGUAAUUAGAUUAAAAAAAUAGAAACUAAGAGAUAUUAAAUACUUAAAAUACUUAUCUUGCUCGAAGCUAAACUUUUAUCACCAGAAAUAUUUAAAAAUUUUCAAAUUUAAGCAUAUUAAUUCAACAAAAACAACAACAAAAAAAAAUUUAAAAAUCACGUUCGCCUAAACAGUAAAUAAAUUUAAUUUUAUUACAUAUUAUUAAGGAUUUUAGGACAGAAUUAGAAAAAUUGA